GUAAUGCAUAACAAUAGAUAAGUUAUGACUCGGAAAUUCAAUAUGCUACAAACAAAAGGUUAUUCCUUGUGUUUCUUGUUGGCAAAAUGUUUAAAUAUAGUAUAUGGCAAUUGGGUGAAACUUCCUGAUGGUUGCAUUUUGGGGCAUGACGCUGAAAUUUUCUCUAACAUCUCAAACAUCACUGAAUGUGCAGCCAAAUGCGACAGUCCAGAUUACCCUUCAUGUGUGUCGAUCGAGUUUGUAUCAUCUAAUACAACAUGUCGAUUUUCACCCGCACAUUCUCAAUACCCUGAAACUACUGGCUCUAAUGUAGAAGUCCCCUGCCCAGAAGCUCCAGGCAUUGAGUAUUGGCAGAAAGAUCCAGUUCUACCCAUCAAUACUUAUCCCUAUAUUGAAAUACCAAACACAUGUAUAAUUGGCGAUAAUGAUGCAACCAUUUAUUCGAUUCCAUCCAUCGAAGGAUGCUGGACUGAAUGCUUGGCUCAGGGGUGUAAAGCCAUUGAGUUCAACAGCCAACUAAAUGAGUGCCACCUUCACGAUGGAUCAUACUUUGAAUUCUCAAAGGCGGGGAAAGUAUGGAGUAGUCCAUGUGCUAUCAAGGGGAAUGGUACCUGGAUCUACAGACAGAAUAAUGACCCAUUUAUUCUCAAUGAAGUAUAGAAUCAAGACACAAUAUUGUAUACUAAGUGUUCUUUUGAUUUAUGCAUUAAUGCAUUAAAAAUAAAUUCACGCAACCAUUUAG